UUAGCGUAUGGUCAUCAUCCACACUUGAAAAGUUGAAGGCGAGGCAAGCCUUUUCUUUUUUCUGUCUUUCCCCUGUUUUUGGAAUUCUGUUCGGUUCCCUCUCUACGGUUAUCGCUUUAUGGACACUAUCUUGUCAUCUCUUCUCUUCACCCUCACGAAUCGCUAGAGUUUUUGGAUCUGAUUCUUUGUUUCUCCUCUCUCUCUCUCUCUGCCAUUGCUUCUGAUGUGUCGUUUCGGACUUGCGUUUACCUGACGGACGGCGAGGUAGUGGCAGAAUUGGCCAUCAUGCAUUUUGACAUCUCUCUUUCUGUCAUCUGUUCUUCCCCUCACUCACCAUCCACCUCAUCACUUUAUCACCCUUAUGUCUUAUAUCCCUGCCGCAACCACUUUGAGUGUUAUCAUCUUAAAUGCAAUUUUGGUACAUGCCAGAUAUUUUGGCUUCUAAAAGCAAGAGGAAACAACUACGGCAAUUGAUAUUUAUUGUUUGGAGAAGUGCACCUCUGGCUAUGCCUUCUCUACAACUGUUGCAGCUGACCAAGCAUGGUCAAAGUGUUAUAUCUUCAAGAAGGAAAGCUCUGUUGCUAGCCAGUGGUAUCUUAGUUGCUGGUGGAACUGCUGCCUAUCUGCAAUCACGAUUUAGCCACAGAAAACCUGAUUCUUUUGCUCAGUACAAUGGGGUUGAAGAUAAUGAAGCAAAACCUGGCAAGGGGGCUAAGGACGGUAUUAACCAGAAGAAAAGCAAGGCAAAAAAAGGAGGAUCAAAAUCACUAAAGGUUCUAGCAGCAAUUCUAUUGUCUGAGAUGGGACAAUUGGGUGCAAGGGAUCUUCUGGCAUUAGUGGGCAUAGUGGUGUUAAGAACUGCUUUGAGCAACAGAUUAGCAAAAGUGCAAGGAUUUCUAUUUCGGGCUGCUUUUCUUCGACGUGUACCAUUAUUUUUCCGAUUAAUAUCUGAAAAUAUUUUGUUGUGUUUUCUUCUGUCAACUAUGCAUUCUACUUCAAAGUUUAUUACUGGGACCUUAAGUUUGCGGUUUAGAAAAAUAUUGACAAAGCUCAUCCAUUCACGUUAUUUUGAGAACAUGGCAUAUUACAAAAUAUCACAUGUUGAUCGCCGGAUUACUAAUCCUGAGCAAAGAAUUGCAAGUGAUGUACCAAAGUUCUGCUCAGAGUUGAGUGAACUUGUACAAGAUGAUUUGAUUGCAGUUACUGAUGCUCUGCUUUAUACGUGGCGGCUGUGUUCUUAUGCCAGUCCAAAAUACUUUUUCUGGAUGGUGGCAUAUGUGUUGGGUGCAGGGGGCAUGAUCAGAAACUUCUCUCCUGCAUUUGGGAAACUAAUGUCAAAAGAACAACAACUAGGAGGGGAAUAUCGGCAACUUCAUUCCCGGUUAAGGACCCAUGCAGAAAGCAUAGCAUUUUAUGGUGGGGAAAACAGAGAAGAUUCAAAUAUUCAGAAGAAAUUUAAGAGUCUCACUAGGCAUAUGAGCACUGUCCUUCAUGAACAUUGGUGGUUUGGCAUGAUUCAAGACUUCUUGUUGAAGUAUCUUGGUGCUACAGUUGCUGUUGUUUUGAUUAUUGAGCCCUUUUUUGCUGGACAUCUUAGACCUGAGUCUUCAACUUUGGGACGAGCUGAGAUGUUAAGCAAUUUAAGAUACCAUACUAGUGUCAUAAUUUCUCUGUUCCACUCCCUGGGAACUCUUGCCACAAGUUCAAGAAAGCUCAAUCGUCUCAGUGGUUAUGCUGAUCGGAUUCAUGAGUUAGUGGUUCUAUCAAGAGAGCUAAGUAUUGAUGAUAAAUCUUCUUCACAAAGAAAUGGAAGCAGGAAUUACUUUAGUGAAGCCAAUUACAUUGAGUUUUCUGGUGUAAAGGUUGUUACCCCCACUGGUAAUGUUUUGGUGGAGGAUUUGACUCUAAAGGUUGAGCCAGGUUCAAAUCUUUUAAUUACAGGUCCAAAUGGUAGUGGGAAGAGCUCUCUUUUCCGAGUUCUAGGUGGGCUUUGGCCACUGGUGUCUGGCCAUAUUGCAAAACCAGGGGUUGGUUCUGAUCUUAAUAAGGAGAUUUUCUAUGUGCCACAACGACCAUACACAGCUGUAGGAACGCUGCGUGACCAGUUAAUAUAUCCUCUUACUGCAAAGCAAGAGGUUGAACCGUUAACUCAUAGUGGAAUGGUGGAGUUGUUGAAAAAUGUGGACCUUGAGUACCUACUAGAUCGUUACCCACCAGAAAAAGAAGUUAAUUGGGGUGAUGAGCUAUCUCUUGGAGAGCAACAAAGGCUGGGAAUGGCAAGACUGUUCUACCAUAAGCCGAAAUUUGCAAUUCUUGAUGAGUGCACUAGUGCUGUGACAACUGAUAUGGAGAAACGUUUCUGUGCUAAAGUUCGAGCCAUGGGAACAUCAUGCAUAACUAUAUCUCAUCGUCCAGCGCUAGUAGCAUUUCAUGACGUGGUUUUGUCUUUGGAUGGAGAAGGAGAAUGGCGUGUUCAUUACCGAAGGGACGACGCUCCUGUCAUAACCAACUCUGUGAUCAAUAUGAGCAAGUCUUCUGAGACAGAUCGCCAAACUAGUGCGAUGGCUGUUGAACAAGCAUUUGUCAUGGCUAAAAAGGACUCCACUUUCUCAAAUUCAAAGACCCAAUCAUACAUAUCAGAGGUGAUAGCAAAGUCCUCCUCUGUGGAUCAUAGUGUUUCAUUGCCCAGCUUUCCACAACUUCGAAGUCCUUCAAGGGGAUUGCCACUGAGAGUGGCUGCCAUGUCCAAAGUAUUGGUGCCCACAGUACUUGACAAACAAGGAGCACAACUACUUGCGGUUGCAUUUCUUGUUCUUUCCAGAACAUGGAUUUCUGAUCGGAUUGCCUCGUUGAAUGGAACCACUGUGAAGUAUGUUUUGGAGCAGGAUAAGGCCUCCUUUGUUCGUUUAAUUGGUGUUAGCAUUCUUCAAAGUGCUGCUUCUUCUUUCAUUGCCCCUUCACUAAGGUACUUGACUGGCAGGUUGGCCCUUCGAUGGAGAAUUCGUAUGACUCAACACUUACUAAAGAACUACUUAAGAAAUAAUGCAUUUUACAAGGUUUUCAACAUGUCUAGCAAAAGCAUUGAUGCUGAUCAGCGAAUAACUCAAGAUUUGGAAAAGUUAACCUCUGAUCUGGCAGGUUUGGUGACUGGUAUGGUUAAGCCUUCUGUUGACAUUCUCUGGUUUACUUGGAGAAUGAAGCUCUUGACAGGUCAGAGAGGAGUUGCCAUACUCUAUGUGUAUAUGUUCCUUGGUUUGGGUUUUCUAAGGACUGUUACUCCUGACUUUGGUGAUUUGACAGGUCGAGAACAACAACUUGAAGGAACCUUUAGGUUCAUGCAUGAAAGAUUACGUACUCAUGCCGAAUCUAUUGCUUUCUUUGGAGGAGGUUCUCGAGAAAAAGAUAUGAUUGAUUCAAGAUUCAGGGAGCUUCUUAACCACUCUCUGUUACUUUUAAAAAAGAAAUGGUUGUUUGGUAUACUAGAUGAUUUUGUCACUAAGCAACUUCCCAAUAACGUGACUUGGGGGUUGAGUUUGUUAUAUGCUUUAGAACACAAGGGAGAUCGGGCCCUGACUUCCACUCAAGGUGAGCUGGCACAUGCAUUACGGUUCCUAGCCUCUGUUGUAUCUCAAAGCUUUUUAGCUUUUGGUGAUAUUCUUGAAUUGCAUAGAAAGUUCCUUGAGCUUUCAGGUGGAAUCAAUCGAAUCUUUGAGCUUGAAGAGCUUCUAUAUGCUGCUCAGUCUGAGGUUGAUGGGACCAAUAGUCAUUCACAACAUAAUUUUCAUUCUGAAGAUGCCAUUUCUUUUUCUGAGCUGGAUAUUAUUACCCCAGCGCAGAAAAUGUUGGCCAGGCAGCUGACAUAUGAUGUAGUACCUGGGAAGAGCCUGCUUGUUACUGGUCCAAACGGAAGUGGUAAAAGCUCCAUUUUCAGAGUCUUAAGAGGUCUCUGGCCUGUUGUCAGUGGAAGUCUUGCAAAACCAUCACAGCAUAUUAUUGAAGAGGGCAGAUCAGGUUGUGGGAUCUUCUAUGUUCCACAGAGGCCAUAUACUUGCUUAGGAACCUUGAGGGAUCAAAUUAUUUAUCCUCUUUCUCAUGAGGAAGCAAAACGCAGGGCAUUAAGGCUUCAUGGAGAAGGUAACAAAACAGUUGACAGUACUAAUAUUCUGGAUGCAUACUUGAAAUGCAUUCUGGAGAAUGUUCGAUUAAGCUAUCUGUUGGAAAGGGUUGAAGUUGGCUGGGAUGCUGAUCUCAAUUGGGAAGACACUCUCUCUCUUGGAGAACAGCAGAGAUUAGGCAUGGCACGGUUGUUCUUUCACCGGCCUAAAUUAGGAAUCCUAGACGAGUGUACCAAUGCCACAAGUGUUGAAAUUGAGGAACAACUUUAUAGGCUUGCACAGGAUAUGGGUAUUACAUUUGUUACCUCCUCUCAACGGCCUGCUCUAAUACCAUUCCACUCAAUGGAAUUACGGCUGAUUGAUGGCGAGGGUAACUGGGAGCUGCGCACAAUCAAACAGUAAGUUUACUCAACAUCUACAGCUAACAUUUCUUUGACAUUGUAUAAAAAGAGACGGUAUCAGCUCUUGAGCUCACAUGCAUUCGCCAUCAAGUGAAUGACUGAUAACCCUCCAUCAUAUAAGCAAACAUUAUCUCACCCAACAUGAGCACUGUUCAAAUGACCCGUCAACAGCAUCCAUGACAUUCAGUAGAAUAAUUUGGUUUUUGAUCACAUAAUGUAAGGUGUAGUUAUUUAUGCUCAAGCUCAAAAGAGAAGCUUAGAAAGUGAAAUCAAGUUAGGACAAUUAUAUUAGAAGCAUUAAUUUCUGUAGUAUAAAGAAGAAAUCCGUUUUAUGUAUAGUCCUUUUACUCGCAAUCAUUGGGCUAUUCAGUUUUAUUUGCCCAUUUCUGUUGUAAAAAAAUUCUUGAUUAAUAAUUUCGAUGCCUUCAUGAAUAAAAAGUAGCAGCAGUCUAUAUAA